AUGCAUAUGAUUCACCGCCAUGGUUCUCGGUAUCCUUCAUCCUCAGAAGGUCUGGCCUCAUGGGCCCAGAAAAUCAUCAAUUCUACUGCUAGCGGUAACAACUUCACCGGCCCACUUUCUUUCCUGAACGAUUGGGACUACGGACUGGGUCUAGAGAUCCUCGUCCCCAAAGGCCGUCAGGAGCUCUAUGACAGCGGCGUCCUAAACUUCUACAACUACGGUCACCUUUUUAAUUCCAGCUCGGCCCAUAAGCUCGUAGCGCGCACCACCACCCAGGACCGCAUGCUCAAAUCCGCAGAGAACUUCCUCGCAGGCUUCUUUGGCCUUGAAUGGACAGAAAAGACUAACCUACUACCAAUGAUAGAAGGUGUUGGCUACAACAACUCCCUAAUUGGGACCUACUCCUGCACCCGCGCAUUAGAGUACAUGGCCUACAAUGCCACCACACCCCUAUCAACGUGGAAGAAUAUCUAUCUCAAAGAGCGCACCGAAGCACUCCACACUCUGACUGGAUCUUAUAACUGGACCACGACCGACAGCUACAACGCGCAGAGUAUGUGCGCCUACGAGACCAUCAGUUACGGCUACAGCCAGUUCUGCGAGCUUUUCACCUUUGAAGAAUUCGAAAACUUCAACUACUCCUUCGAUAUUGAAUUCUCCAACAUGGUCGGAUUUGCCUGUCCCGCAGGCCGCGCGCAGGGAAUUGCCUGGGUAGAGGAAUUUCUCGCCCGUGUGGAGGGUCACUUACUCCAGACUACAGGCACCAAUGCCAACAUGACCCUGGACACUAAUUCUGUGACGUUCCCGACGGAUCAGAAUCUCUACCUUGACUUUUCACAUGAUGCGGGUAUAGUCGCUGUUCUCACUGCGUUUGGAUUCAGGCAGUUCGCCCAAUACCUGCCUCCUACUGGACCUCCUCUAUACCAGCAGUUCAAGGCUAGUAACAUCGUUCCAUUCGGUGGACGGACGAAUAUUGAGAUCAUUAGGACGCCUCAUAAGGUGGCUGCUACGCGUCCUGCGGGUGAUCAGACAAAUGCCUAUGUGGAUGGCACCGGGGAAACGUUCUACGUUCACUUUUUGCAGAAUCAGCGCACGCUCCCUCUGCAUUCUAGCUUUGCGGAAUGUGAGUAUCGCGAUGAUGGUUGGUGCGAGCUGUCUACGUUCAUGAAUGUUCAGAAGAGGAGUCUGGAAAGGUCUCAGUUUGAGUAUGCUUGUUUUGGUAAUUGGACUGUGACUGAGUAUGGGACUGUGACUGAUGGUGUUCCGGUUUGA